AUUACACAACUUCUUUUAAAGAAAUUAUUAUUGGUGGAGGCGGCUGGCUAGCACCAGUCCAUAGUUCAUUGGUUGUUGUUUAGGAGACGCAGCGCUGGUGAAAUAUAGCUGGUUUCCAGAAUGGUGUGGUCAUUGCAGUUUGGACCAAUUCAAGGGUUCGAGGCAAGUUCCUGUUGUGUUUUAGUUUUGGUUUGUUUGUUUUCCUUUUUGCAAGUUUGCAGGGAGUCCACAGAAUGCCUUCCAGGAGGGCCGGACGCGGUGGUUCACGCCUGUAAUCCCAGCACUUUGGGAGGCCGAGGCGGGCGGAUCACCUGAGGUGUCGGGAGAUCCAGACCGUCCUGGCCAACACGGUGAAACCCCGUCUCUACUAAAAAUACAAAAAAAUUAGCCGGGCAUGGUGGUGCAUGCCUGUAAUCCCAGCUACUCGGAAGGCUGAGGCAGGAUAAUCGCUUGAACCCGGGAGGCGGAGGUUGCAGUGAGCGGGGAUCGCGCCAUUGCACUCCAGCCUGGGCAACAAGAGCGAAACUCCGUCUCAAAAAAUAAGUAAAUAAAUAAAUAAAAAUAAAAAAGAAUGGCUUCCCGGUUCCAUCUUACAGCUGUUAACCAGAGUGACACCUGGUAUAUCACAUUUGUAUAUUUGUAAAUUUGUAUAUCACAUUUCACAAGAAAUAAUCAGGGAUGAGCAUACAGAUCUACGUUUAAGAAUGUUCAUUGCAACUUUAUUUAGAAUAAUAUUUGAAAAUGUUCUAAAUGCUAAACAAUAAAGAAAUGGAGAAGUAAACUGUGCUUAGGCUUAUUGUGCAGCGUAGAGAACUAAAAUAAGAUUUGAUAUUAGUUUAAGAAUUGUUUUUAAAUAAAAAUAAAAUAAAUAGAAGCCGAACCGUGCCAGGCCUGGCAGAAGAAUGACAAGUGGGAGGAGUAAGAGCCGGAAAGAGUGGUGGCAGGUGAAGUCCGAGACGACAGAGGAACUGGUUUCCUCCGCUCCGUAAGGCACACAGCCUGCCCCAUUAAUACAUGUGGAAGGGGAAAGAGACUGAAUGGAGGAAUGAAUGCAACUUGAUCCAGGUAGUGCUUCGAAAGCGGCCGCUGUACCUGUGAACCUCUCUGCCUGACAAGCGGCCAAUGUACGGAAUCAACUACCAAGAUGGCGGCGCCCUCGAAGAAUCCGCAAUUAGGUCGCCGCCAUGUGUCGCCUAGGAACGUACGGAAUUCGACCCACGUACGGAAUCAGAUUCCAAGAUGACGGCAUCUAUGAGGAAGUCACGCAGUAGGUGCAGCCAUGUUGCCUGUACGUCGAGGCCGUACAAGCAGCCGCCGUACGGACUCUACUGACAAGGUGGCGGCGCCCUCGGGAAAGCCACAAUGUGAGCGCGGCCAUGUUCCCGGCGAACGUAUGGAUUCGGCCACCAUACGGAUACGAUAAUCAAGAUGGCGGCGCCUGAGGGGUCUUCGGGGCUCUAGGCGAGCGACCUACUGGUUUGCGGCGGAGACGACGCACGGGGCCUGCGCAAUAGGAGUACGCUGCCUGGGAGGCGUGACUAGAAGCGGAAGUAGUUGUGGGCUCCUUUGCAACCGUCUGGGACGCCGCUGAGCGGUCUGUGCAGGUUCGCGGGUCGCUGGCGGGGGUCGUGAGGGAGUGCGCCGGGAGCGGAGAUAUGGAGGGAGAUGGUUCAGACCCAGAGCCUCCAGAUGCCGGGGAGGACAGCAAGUCGGAGAAUGGGGAGAAUGCGCCCAUCUACUGCAUCUGCCGCAAACCGGACAUCAACUGCUUCAUGAUCGGGUGUGACAACUGCAAUGAGUGGUUCCAUGGGGACUGCAUCCGGAUCACUGAGAAGAUGGCCAAGGCCAUCCGUGAGUGGUACUGUCGGGAGUGCAGAGAGAAAGACCCCAAACUAGAGAUUCGCUAUCGGCACAAGAAGUCACGGGAGCGGGAUGGCAAUGAGCGGGACAGCAGUGAGCCCCGGGAUGAGGGUGGAGGGCGCAAGAGGCCUGUCCCCGAUCCAGACCUGCAGCGCCGGGCAGGGUCAGGGACAGGGGUUGGGGCCAUGCUUGCUCGGGGCUCUGCUUCGCCCCACAAAUCCUCUCCUCAGCCCUUGGUGGCCACACCCAGCCAGCAUCACCAGCAGCAGCAGCAGCAGAUCAAACGGUCAGCCCGCAUGUGUGGUGAGUGUGAGGCAUGUCGGCGCACUGAGGACUGUGGUCACUGUGACUUCUGUCGGGACAUGAAGAAGUUUGGGGGCCCCAACAAGAUCCGGCAGAAGUGCCGGCUGCGCCAGUGCCAGCUGCGGGCCCGGGAAUCGUACAAGUACUUCCCUUCCUCGCUCUCACCAGUGACGCCCUCAGAGUCCCUGCCAAGGCCCCGCCGGCCACUGCCCACCCAACAGCAGCCACAGCCAUCACAGAAGUUAGGGCGCAUCCGUGAAGAUGAGGGGGCAGUGGCGUCAUCAGCAGUCAAGGAGCCUCCUGAGGCUACAGCCACGCCUGAGCCACUCUCAGAUGAGGACCUACCUCUGGAUCCUGACCUGUAUCAGGACUUCUGUGCAGGGGCCUUUGAUGACCACGGCCUGCCCUGGAUGAGCGACACAGAAGAGUCCCCAUUCCUGGACCCCGCGCUGCGGAAGAGGGCAGUGAAAGUGAAGCAUGUGAAGCGUCGGGAGAAGAAGUCUGAGAAGAAGAAGGAGGAGCGGUACAGGCGGCAUCGGCAGAAGCAGAAGCACAAGGAUAAAUGGAAACACCCAGAGAGGGCUGAUGCCAAGGACCCUGCGUCGCUGCCCCAGUGCCUGGGGCCUGGCUGUGUGCGCGCCGCCCAGCCCAGCUCCAAGUAUUGCUCAGAUGAUUGUGGCAUGAAGCUGGCAGCCAACCGCAUCUAUGAGAUCCUCCCCCAGCGCAUCCAGCAGUGGCAGCAGAGCCCUUGCAUUGCUGAAGAGCAUGGCAAGAAGCUGCUCGAACGCAUUCGCCGAGAGCAGCAGAGUGCCCGCACUCGCCUUCAGGAAAUGGAACGCCGAUUCCAUGAGCUUGAGGCCAUCAUUCAACGUGCCAAGCAGCAGGCUGUGCGCGAGGAUGAGGAGAGCAACGAGGGUGACAGUGAUGACACAGACCUGCAGAUCUUCUGUGUUUCCUGUGGGCACCCCAUCAACCCACGUGUUGCCUUGCGCCACAUGGAGCGCUGCUAUGCCAAGUAUGAGAGCCAGACGUCCUUUGGGUCCAUGUACCCCACACGCAUUGAAGGGGCCACACGACUCUUCUGUGAUGUGUAUAAUCCUCAGAGCAAAACAUACUGUAAGCGGCUCCAGGUGCUGUGCCCCGAGCACUCACGGGACCCCAAAGUGCCAGCUGACGAGGUAUGCGGGUGCCCCCUUGUACGUGAUGUCUUUGAGCUCACGGGUGACUUCUGCCGCCUGCCCAAGCGCCAGUGCAAUCGCCAUUACUGCUGGGAGAAGCUGCGGCGUGCGGAAGUGGACUUGGAGCGCGUGCGUGUGUGGUACAAGCUGGACGAGCUGUUUGAGCAGGAGCGCAAUGUGCGCACAGCCAUGACAAACCGCGCGGGAUUGCUGGCCCUGAUGCUGCACCAGACGAUCCAGCACGAUCCCCUCACUACCGACCUGCGCUCCAGUGCCGACCGCUGAGCCUCCUGGCCCGGACCCCUCACACCCUGCAUUCCAGAUGGGGGAGCCGCCCGGUGCCCGUGUGUCCGUUCCUCCACUCAUCUGUUUCUCCGGUUCUCCCUGUGCCCAUCCACCGGUUGACCGCCCAUCUGCCUUUAUCAGAGGGUUAGUCCCAGUUGACAUGUUCAGUGCCUGGUGGGGCUGCGGAGUCCACUCAUCCUUGCCUCCUCUCCCUGGGUUUUGUUAAUAAAAUUUUGAAGAAACCAA